GUUUAAGGAGUACGGCACAUUAAUUUUGAAGUAAUUUACGUAAUUUAGUAAGUCAGAAAAUUCAUACUGAAGUACGAAGGACCCUUUAUAGGUGGUAAAAGGUUUAGUUUUAUUUAGUUAUUUAAAAAAUAAUUGAAAAAUCUUUAUAAUUGUUAUAUUAUGUGUAAAGAGAUUUUACAAUUAUGAGUGAAAUACCUCACGCAUGUGGAGUUUGUCAAAAACGUUUCACAUGUAUUAGUCAUUUAAAACUACACUUGAAACGACACAAUGUAAUGAAACCUUAUGUUUGUGAAGUGUGCCAAAAAGGUUUUACGCAAAUGUUUUAUUUAAAAAAGCAUCUAAGAAUACACAUCAGCGAAAAACUCCAUAAUUGUGAAGUGUGCGACAAAAGCUUUGCACAAGCAGUAGAGUUAAAAAGACAUCUAAGAACUCACACUGACAAUAAACCUUAUGUGUGUGAAGUAUGUGAUAAAAAGUUUGUGCUAAAAUGGCACCUCAAGGUACAUCAAAGAACACAUACUGGUGAAAGACCUUAUGUGUGUGAAGUAUGUGAUAAAAAGUUUGUGCUAAAAUGUCACCUCAAGGUACAUCAAAGUACACAUACUGGUGAAAGACCUUAUGUUUGUGAAGUGUGUGACAAAGGCUUUAAAAGAAUUAGUAAUUUUAAAAGGCAUCAGAGAGUCCAUGCCACAGAGAAGCCUUACAUUUGUGAAGUGUGCCACAAGAUUUUUUUAAGGAUGGAGACCUUACAGAGGCAUUUAAGUAGACAUAGUGGAGAAAAACCUUACAUGUGUGAAGUGUGUAAGAAGAGAUUUACACACAUAGCAUACCUGAAACGGCAUUUAAGAACCCACACUGAAGAUAAACCUUAUGUGUGUGAAGUAUGUGAUAAAAGGUAUAGGCUAAAAUGCAGCCUCAAGAAACAUCACAGAACACAUAGUGAUGUAAGACCUUAUGUUUGUGAAGUGUGUGAAAAAAGCUUUAAAAGCCUUUAUGAUUUAAAAAGACAUCUGAGAACCCACACUGGAGAUAAACCUUAUGUGUGUGAAGUAUGUUAUAAAAGGUUCAUGCUAAAACACAGCCUCAAGAAUCAUCAAGUAACACAUACUGAAGAAAGACCGUACGUUUGUGAAGUGUGUGACAAAGGCUUUAAAAGCCUUAAUAAUUUAAAGGGACAUCUGGAAACCCACACCAUGGAGAAGCCUUACAUUUGUGAAGUGUGCCAUAGGAGUUUUUCAAGGAUGAACAGAUUAAAGAAGCAUCUAACUAGACACACUGAAGAAAAACCUUACAUGUGUGAAGUAUGUGAUAAAAGGUUCGUGCUAAAACACAGCCUCAAGAAACAUCAAAUAAUACACACUGGUGAAAGAACUUAUGUAUGUGAAGUUUGUGACAAAGGCUUUAUGACCAUUCACAAUUUAAAAAAACAUCUGAGGACCCACACCACGUAGAAGCCUCACAUUUGUGAAGUGUGCCACAGGAAUUUUUCAAGCAUGGACACCUUAAAGAAGCAUCUAACUAGACACACUGGAGAAAAACCUUACAUGUGU